AUGACAAUUAAAUUGGUCAUUGGGGGUUUUACGCUGCAUGUGUGUAGUGUUUAUGCACCGCAGGUAGGCUUGGAAGAGGAGGUGAAAGCAAGAUUUUGGGAGGCUUUGGAUGAGGUGGUGAGAAGCGUGCCUAGCUCGUAUAAGAUUAUCAUAGCAGGGGACUUCAAUGGGCACAUUGGGGUUUUGUCAGGAGGUUAUGACGAUGUGCAUGGAGGCUUUGCUUUCAGCAAUAGAAAUGGUGAGGGGGUUACUCUGUUGGAUUUUGUAAGGGCCUUUGGGCUGGUGAUAGUGAAUUUGGGCUUUCCGAAGAAGAAGGAUCACCUAAUUACCUUCCGAAGCGUAAUAGCCAAGACUCAAAUUGACUUUCUCCUACUUAGGAAGAGGGAUGGGGUUUUGUGUAAGGACUGUAAAGUCAUUCCGAGUGAGCAUUUUUCGACCCAGAAUAAGCUUCUGAUGAUAGAUUUUUUCAUCAAGAAGAGUAGGGCCAAAGAGAGUUUACCCAGAAUUAAAUGGGGUGGCAUGACGCCAAUUAGUGUGCUGAAGAUUGCAGAGAAGGUGGCGGGAAUGAGGGUGUGGAAGUGUAGGGGGCGUAGAUAUUAUGUGGGAUAA